UUUGUGGAGAUGAGUGCACAGGCCUUCUUCUUGGUGACCUGGCUCAUCUACAGCAGUUGGCCAUGAACAUCAACCUCACUGGCCCACUGCCUGCUCCGUAUAAAAUUCUCCAUGGUCUUGAAAAUACAACUCAGGAACUCAAGCACCUGCUCUCACCCCAGCGGGCACCGGAGAGGCUCAUUCAGGUGGCGGAGGGCAACCUGAACACCCUCGUGAUGGAAAUGAAUGAGCUGCUGAGCAGGGCGACCAAAGUGACAGCAGAUGGCGAGCAAACAGAACAAGAUGCUGAGCGGACCAACACAAGAGCAAAAUCCUUAGAAGAAUUCAUUAAAGAGCUUGUCCAGGAUGCUGAAGCUUUAAAUGAGAAAGCUGUAAAACUAAAUGAGACAUUAGGAAGUCAAGACAAGACUGUGGAGAGAAACUUGCAAGAGCUUCAGCAAGAGAUCGAUCGGAUGCUGAAGGAACUCAGAAGUAAAGAUCUUCAGACACAGAAGGAAGUGGCUGAGGAUGAGCUGGUGGCAGCAGAAGGUCUUCUGAAGAGAGUGAACAGGCUGUUUGGGGAGCCCAGAGCCCAAAAUGAAGAAAUGGAAAAGGAUCUCCGUGAGAAACUGUCAGGUUACAAGGACAAACUUGAUGAUGCUUGGGAUCUACUAAGAGAAGCCACAGAGAAAACACAAGAUGCUAAUCGCUUGUCUGCUGUCAAUCAAAAAAACAUGACCAUUUUGGAGAAAAAGAAGGAGGCUAUUGAAAGUGGCAAACGACAAAUAGAGAACACUUUAAAGGAGGGCAAUGACAUACUUGAUGAAGCCAACCGACUUGCAGAUGAAAUCAACUCGGUCAUAGAUUAUGUCGAAGACAUUAAAACCAAGUUGCCACCACUGUCCGAGGAGCUUAGUGACAAAAUAGAUGACCUCUCUCAGGAAAUAAAGGACAGGAAGCUUGCUGAGAAGGUGUUCCAGGCUGAGAGCCAUGCAGCUCAGCUGAAUGACUCCUCUGCUGUGCUUGAUGGAAUCCUGGAUGAGGCCAAGAACAUCUCUUUCAAUGCCACUACAGCCUUCAGAGCUUACAGUAAUAUUAAAGACAAUAUUGAUGAAGCUGAGAGAGUUGCCAGAGAAGCAAAAGAUCUUGCCCAAGAAGCUACACAACUGGCAACAAGUCCUCAGGGCUUAUUAAAGGAAGAUGCCAAAGGCUCCCUUCAGAAAAGCUUCAGGAUCCUUAAUGAGGCCAAGAAGCUAGAAAAUGCUGUGAAAGAAAAUCACAACGAUCUAAAUGGCCUGAAAACCAGAUUAGAAACUGCUGAUGCUAGGAAUGGUGAUCUCCUGAGAGCUUUGAAUGACACUUUGGGCAAGUUAUCACUCAUUCCAAACGACACGGCUGCUAAACUGCAAACUGUCAAAGAGAAAGCCAGACAAGCCAAUGACACAGCGAAAGCCGUCCUGGCCCAGGUUAAAGACCUGCAUCAGAACCUUGAUGGUCUGAAGCAAAACUACAAUAAACUAGCAGACAGUGUGGCCAAAACGAAUGCAGUCGUGAAAGAUCCUUCCAAAAACAAAAUCAUUGCAGAUGCAGAUACUACUGUGAAAAAUCUAGAGCAAGAAGCUGAUCGGCUGAUAGAUAAACUCAAGCCUAUCAAGGAACUGGAAGAUAACCUAAAGAAAAACAUCUCUGAAAUAAAGGAACUGAUUAACCAAGCCCGGAAACAAGCCAAUUCUAUCAAAGUAUCUGUGUCUUCGGGAGGUGACUGUAUUCGAACAUACAAACCAGAAAUCAAGAAAGGAAGCUACAAUAACAUUGUUGUCAAUGUCAAGACUACUGUUGCUGACAAUCUCCUUUUUUAUCUUGGAAGUGCCAAAUUUAUUGACUUUCUUGCUAUAGAAAUGCGUAAAGGCAAAGUCAGCUUCCUCUGGGAUGUUGGAUCUGGAGUUGGCCGUGUAGAGUAUCCAGAUUUGACCAUCGAUGACUCAUAUUGGUACCGUAUUGAAGCAUCGAGAACGGGAAGAAAUGGUUCUAUUUCUGUGAGAGCUCUAGAUGGACCCAAAGCUAGCAUUAUACCCAGCACCUACCACUCGGUGUCCCCUCCUGGGUACACUAUUCUAGAUGUCGAUGCAAAUGCAAUGCUGUUUGUUGGCGGCCUGACUGGGAAAAUAAAGAAAGCCGAUGCUGUACGUGUGAUUACAUUCACUGGCUGUAUGGGAGAAACAUACUUUGACAACAAACCUAUAGGCUUAUGGAACUUCCGGGAAAAAGAAGGGGACUGCAAAGGCUGCACUGUCAGCCCACAAGUGGAAGACAGUGAGGGGACUAUUCAGUUUGAUGGAGAAGGCUAUGCAUUAGUGAGCCGCCCCAUCCGCUGGUACCCCAACAUCUCCACAGUCAUGUUCAAGUUCCGGACAUUUUCAUCAAGUGCUCUCCUGAUGUAUCUUGCCACACGAGACCUGAAGGACUUCAUGAGUGUAGAGCUCAGUGAUGGGCGCAUAAAAGUCAGCUAUGAUCUGGGCUCAGGAAUGGCUUCUGUUGUCAGCAAUCAAAACCAUAAUGACGGGAAAUGGAAAUCUUUCACCCUGUCAAGGAUCCAGAAACAAGCCAACAUAUCGAUUGUAGACAUUGAUACGAACCAGGAGGAGAAUGUAGCCACUUCGUCUUCUGGAAACAACUUUGGCCUUGACUUGAAAGCAGAUGACAAAAUAUAUUUUGGUGGCCUGCCAACUCUGAGGAACUUGAGUAUGAAAGCAAGGCCAGAAGUAAAUGUGAAGAAAUAUUCCGGCUGCCUCAAAGACAUUGAAAUUUCAAGGACUCCGUACAAUAUACUCAGUAGCCCCAAUUAUGUUGGUGUUACCAAAGGCUGUUCACUGGAGAAUGUUUACACAGUUAGCUUCCCCAAGCCUGGUUUUGUGGAGCUCGCCCCAGUGCCCAUUGAUGUCGGAACAGAGAUCAAUCUAUCCUUCAGCACGAAGAAUGAGUCUGGACUCAUUCUCUUGGGGAGUGGUGGGGCACCAACCCCACCCAGGAGAAAACGGAGGCAAACUGGACAGGCCUAUUAUGCCAUAUUCCUCAACAAGGGCCGUCUGGAAGUGCAUCUUUCCUCGGGGACACGAACAAUGAGGAAAAUUGUCAUCAAACCAGAGCCAAAUCUGUUUCAUGAUGGGAGAGAGCAUUCAGUUCACAUGGAAAGAUCCAGAGGCAUCUUCACUGUUCAAGUUGAUGAAGACAGAAGACAUACACAAAACCUGACAGUGGAGCAGCCAAUCCAAGUGAAAAAGCUCUUCGUCGGGGGUGCCCCUCCAGAAUUUCAGCCUUCCCCACUCAGGAAUAUUCCUGCUUUUGAAGGCUGCGUGUGGAAUCUUGUUAUUAACUCUGUCCCCAUGGACUUUGCCCAGCCUGUAGCCUUCAAAAAUGCUGACAUUGGCCGAUGUACCUAUCAGAAGCCCCGGGAAGAUGAAGAAGUUCCAACUGAAGUCAUUGGCCAGCCUCAGCCACUGCCUACCCCGGCCUUCCCUUCACCUGUGCCCACCCUGACACAUGGCCCUUGUGUUGCAGAAUCAGAACCAUCAUUUCUGGCAGGGGCCAAGCAGUUUGGGCUUUCCAGAAACAGCCACAUCGCUAUUGCCUUUGAUGACACCAAAGUUAAAAACCGCCUCACAAUUGAGCUAGAAGUGAGAACCGAAGCUGAAUCAGGCUUGCUCUUUUACAUGGCUCGAAUCAAUCAUGCUGAUUUUGCUACUGUGCAACUGAGAAAUGGAUUCCCCUACUUCAGUUACGACUUGGGAAGUGGUGACACUAGCACCAUGAUCCCCACCAGAAUCAACGAUGGCCAGUGGCACAAGAUUAAAAUUUUAAGGGUGAAGCAAGAAGGAACUCUUUACGUAGAUGACGCCUCCAACCAAACCAUCAGUCCCAAGAAAGCUGAUAUCCUGGAUGUUGUGGGGAUGCUGUAUGUUGGUGGGUUGCCGAUCAACUAUACCACACGCAGAAUUGGUCCAGUGACCUACAGUCUUGAUGGUUGUGUCAGGAAUCUUCACAUGGAGCAAGCCCCUGUUAACCUGGACCAGCCAACUUCCAGCUUCCAUGUCGGAACAUGCUUUGCAAAUGCUCAGAGGGGGACGUACUUUGAUGGAACAGGUUUUGCCAGAGCAGUUGGCGGGUUCAAAGUGGGAUUGGACCUUCUUGUAGAAUUUGAAUUCCGCACCACAAGACCCACUGGAGUUCUCCUGGGCAUCAGCAGUCAGAAGAUGGAUGGAAUGGGUAUCGAAAUGAUUGACGAGAAGCUUAUGUUCCAUGUGGAUAAUGGCGCUGGCCGAUUCACUGCAGUCUAUGAUGCUGGGAUCCCAGGCCAUAUGUGCAAUGGACAGUGGCAUAAAGUGACUGCCAAGAAGAUCAAAAACCGCCUUGAGCUUGUUGUAGAUGGGAACCAGGUGGACGCCCAGAGCCCAAAUUCAGCAUCGACAUCAGCUGAUACAAACGACCCUGUUUUUGUUGGCGGUUUCCCAGAUGGCCUCAAUCAGUUUGGCCUGACCACCAAUAUUCGGUUCCGAGGUUGCAUCCGAUCUCUGAGGCUCACCAAAGGCACAGGCAAGCCACUGGAGGUUAAUUUCGCCAAAGCCCUGGAAUUGAGGGGUGUUCAACCUGUAUCGUGCCCAGCUACCUAAUGAAGAGAAGUACAAGCCUGAGCAGGGUCUAUCAAGAUGAGUGUAUCAAGUUAAACAAUAUACUUUCCUAUGCAUAUUAAUAAAACUAAUGUGUGCACCUACAUAGAAUACUUUCUGUUUUCAGGUGGUAAUAAUUCAGACCACAGAUUGAAUUUUAAUUCAAGUUCUCUUUCAAGCUUAUGAUUAUUAAACCAAUUAUUUCAUUCCAAAUAAA